AUGUCGAAACGACCCGAGCAUAACCGCACCAGCUCAGGGAACGACCACCGUCCUGCUCAACCAAGCGCUCUUCGCCAAGCUCUCAGCGCCCAGAGUCGAGGCGAGAAUGAACAGUCAUCCCCAGGAAGUCCUGGCUCUCCGACAAGUGCACCCGUCGCAUCCCCGCCAGAUUCGCCAGGACAUCCCGGGGCCACAAUAAACGAGAUCUUCGCCAACGAGUCUACCCCUCUGAUCGACGGAAACAACCAUAAGCCGGCCAAUCGUCGAGGGAGCGUCCACCCUGCGCAUCCCGGUGUUUGUAGCCAUGGCACUUUCAGUCCGCGACCCAUGAGUCCUACGUUGACUAUGAGGAGCACCGACGAGGAUGGUAGCGAGACUGCAGGGUCAGGCACGCACAUUCCUGUUCUGGAUAACGCAAUCACCACAAUCGUUGGCCACGAAGACUGGAAGAAGUGGCUGAAGAAGAGGAUGCGAACAAAGACAAUGGGCCACAGCAGUGUGUUGGCUCAAGAGGCUGGUUUCGAGGAUACAACAUUCAUGUACCUCGCGUACUACGUCCCAUGUUUGAACUGGAUGCGCCAGUACAAGGUUUCAUAUCUCCGUGGCGAUCUCAUCGCAGCCGUGACCAUGGCUUCGUUCUAUCUGCCGAUGGCCCUGUCUCUCGCUGCGAACCUUGCCCACGUCCCUCCAAUCCACGGUCUCUACGCUUUCGUCUUCAACCCGUUCAUCUACGCCCUGCUAGGAUCCUGUCCGCAAAUGGUAGUCGGCCCUGAGGCUGCGGGUUCUCUACUUGUCGGUUCUGUUGUCAAGCAGAACGUUGGUUCAGGAGAAGACGAAGACAACAAUAUGCUGCACGCGCAGAUCUGCGGUAUUGUCGCUGGUAUGGCGGGCGCAAUGGUUGUCAUCGCUGGCCUUGCGAGACUGGGUUUCAUGGACAGCGUGCUCAGCAAACCUUUCCUGCGUGGCUUUAUCAGUGCGAUUGGUUUCGUCAUUGCCGUUGACCAGUUGAUUCCUGAGUUAGGACUCGCUGCUCUGGCUGACAAGGCGGGCGUGAGCCAUGGAAGCCCUGUUGAAAAGAUCGGGUUUAUGAUUAGCAACAUUGACAAGGUGCACGGGUUGACAUUCGCCGUGGCAGGAAUUAGCUUUCUUGUCAUCAUGAUUUGCCGUGAAAUGAAGAACCGCCUCCAACCUCGAUACCCUGGCGUUGCUUAUAUUCCGGAUCGAUUUGUGGUUGUUGUCGUGUCUGCGAUUCUCUGCUGGCAACUCGACUGGGAAAGCCAGGGUGUUGAAGUUCUCGGAACAGUCAAGGCUGCUAACGGCCAGCUGCUGGCUUUCCAGUGGCCUUUCAAGCUGGAGCACAUGCCUCAUAUUCGAAGCGCCAUGUCGACAUCUUUUCUGAUUGCCCUCCUUGGAUUCUUUGAGUCCUCGGUAGCUGCAAAGAGUCUGGGCUCGAGCGAGACCAUCCAGGGCAUUCAGUUGAGCGCCAACCGAGAGAUGAUCGCACUUGGUAUUGCCAAUAUGGUUGGCGGUUGCUUCAUGAGCUUGCCAGCCUUUGGCGGAUACGGUCGAAGUAAGGUGAAUAAGAGCACCGGUGGCAAGAGUCCUGCUAGUUCCAUGUUUCUGAGCAUCAUCUCCUUGCUGUCCAUAUUCUUCCUUCUUCCGUACUUUUACUACUUGCCGAAACCUGUAUUGUCAGCGAUGAUUUCUGUCGUGGCCUACUCGCUGAUAGAAGAGGCGCCCCACGACAUUAGUUUCUUCCUGAAGAUCCGCGGCUGGACUGAACUGGGCCUUAUGGCCAUCAUCUUCCUUGCAACUAUGUUUUACUCGCUCACCCUUGGAAUGGCCUUCGGUGUAGGAUUAUCGAUGCUCAUGGUCAUCAAGCAUAGCACGCGACCACGAAUUCAGAUCCUGGGCCGAAUUCCCGGAACAAACCGAUUUGAGAAUGCCGAAGGCGACAAGGCAAGUUUGGAGUUUGUGGAGGGCUGUCUUAUCGUCAAGAUUCCCGAGCCUUUGACUUUUGCCAACACGGGAGAACUCAAGGCUCGACUCCGUCGACUGGAACUUUACGGCACGUCAAAGGCGCAUCCAGCUCUGCCUCGUCUACGCAGCACCGACAUGAACCGAAACGUCAUCUUCGACAUCCACGGCGUCACAUCCAUGGAUGGUUCAGGCACACAAGUCCUGACCGAGAUUGUCCGCAGCUACACUGAUCGCGGAGUGCGCGUAUACUUCUCGCGAUGCCCAGUUCGCAAGGACCACCCUGUAUGGCGGUUGAUGGUGAGCAGUGGAAUUGUCGAGAUGGCAGGCGAAGGGCACUUCGUCAACGAUGUGCAGGAGGCGUUGCGGUUGACUGAGUAUGAAGAGAGUGUGACUGGUGAGUCAAGCCGGAACCGGGAGAUCUAG